GUUACAUACCCGCAUUGAGAAAAUUAUGACGUUUUGAUAAAUUUAAUUUGUAUUUAUCUCACUUUUAUUGUCUAUUUUAUAAUAAGUGACAGCAUUUAAACAAAUCUAGUUAUCAAUAGAUUUAUAAGUUUAAUUUACAAUUUUUUGCGAAUAUGAAAGCAUUAUAUACGUAGUUAAAUUUUAGUGUUAUUUGAUAUUUUUGGAGAAGACUUUUUGUCAAAAUGCGUGAAUUUACACGAAGACAGUGGAUGACUGUGGUGGUGAUUUCUGUUGCUGAUUUUUGUAAUGCAAUUUGCGUGGCACUGCAGGCGCCGUUUUUUCCCCAAGAGGCCGAAAAAAAAGGAUGUACUGCGACAGAGUACGGUCUUGUUUUCGGAGUGUUCGAGCUGGCGGUGUUUGUCAUCAGUCCAUUCUAUGGGGCACAUCUGAACAGGCUGGGGCCGAAGCUGGUCUUCAACGCGGGGAUACUCACCACAUCGACAUGCGCCAUUUUGUUUGGAUUACUGGAUAAAGUGGACGGACAUGUACCAUUCGUGACGCUGGCGUUCACGAUCCGAAUCAUCGAGGCGAUGGGCAACGCCGCCUUCCUCACUGCUUCCUUCGCAAUCAUCGCCAAGGAGUUUCCCGAUAAUGUCGCCAGCAUGUUUGCAUCCUUGGAAACAUUCUUCGGCCUCGGCCUCAUCGUGGGCCCAAUGUUGGGAGGAGCGUUAUACAACUGGGGCGGUUACUCCCUCCCAUUUGCAGUGCUCGGCUCCACGCUAUUCCUCACUGCCAUUCUGUGCUACCUUACACUGCCAAAGACGUUCGAUGAUGAGGACAUUAAGCCAACUGGUCCGACAAUGAUGUCAUUGUUAAGGAUCCCUGGCGUGUUGCUGGCUGCAAUCAGUAUCAUAUGCACAAGCAUGAGCAUUGGGUUUCUGCAGGCGACGCUCGAGCCGCAUUUACGAGAGUUCCACUUUUCUCCAGUGAUUCUUGGAGUAAUCUUUAUAAUAAACGGGGGUAUAUACGCACUAUCGGCCCCCGCCUGGGGCUGGCUCUGUGACCAUCCAUACAUCAAGCCCAAGUAUAUCACAGCCUUAGGACACAUGUUCGUUGUUUGCGCUUUCCUGCUCGUCGGACCGGCGCCUUUCAUUGAUGUGGUUCCUUACCAAUCUACGAUGCUGUGUCUUAUAAUUGGUGGUCUGGUACUACACGGCCUGGGUAUUGGGAGCCUCUUGGUGUCGACGUUCUCUGAUGCCCUUGGUACUGCCAUCUCCAGCGGAUUACCCAACUCCAUCGAGACCUACGGCCUGGUGUCGGGUAUGUGGACGUCUACCUUCGCGCUGGGCGCUUUCAUCGGCCCCACCGUGUCGGGCUUGCUCUUCCAGUACAUCUUCUUCAGACCUUCCACAUAUUUCAUUGUUAUCCUUCAUUUCUGUGUGAUGGGCGUAGUUCUCCUGUUCCUAUGCACGUGUGACCGCUACAAGAUGGACGUGUCGGUGUCGGCCGGCGACCUGAUGCAGCUCGACGGAACUCUCGACGAGAGCGUGCUCAUCGGGGAGAAGUUCAUCGCUCCUACUACACGGACUAAGAGUCGGCGAUACGGCAUAAGCGUGGAGCGAUCUCGUCCGCCCGCCAUGAACAGUCUGAUCGCGUGCUCCAGCUACAAGAACCGGCGCAGUCCGUGGAGCCAGCGCACGCCGGUGUACCGCCCCUCCUACGGCAGCCUCGACCAUCGCUUCCGAGCCUCGCUCUCCGUCACAUAGUAGCACGAGAACACUGCCAUCACUUUACUGCAUACAAGCAAAGCUUUAAAUUUUUAAAUCAGUGGAACAGUUUUAAUCAGAAGAACUACGAAUGAGAUACAGAACACUAGCAGACAGCAACUUUAAACCUCCUUAAUCCAACCCUGUCGCAACAUCCAUUCUCAGUGGACAUUUCCUAACUAUAAACUGCCUCCCUGCCAAAUUUCAUCUAUGUCAAGCGGUUUUCGAUAUGUCCGCGAAUUGGUCCUCGUGAAAUUCAGUUUAUCAUAAAUCCGGUAUGAACCAUAGAUUUAUUGGGAUAAAAAGUAGCCAAUAUGUUGCUCAAUAACCUCCUCUAUCUUCAGUGGAAGUCUCAUUUAAAUUUGUUUAGCCGUUCCAAAGAUUAGCCGGGAUAAACAGACAGCCAGACAGACAAAAAUUUAAAAAAAAUAUUCGUGUUUCUCUAUCGUGUAAAUAACUAUAUUCAUUUGAGAAAACACAGUUAUAUUAAAAUCAUAGAUAUAAAUAUUUUUAUUUACAUGUAUUGAAAACAACUAGUGGUAGGAGAGAGUUGAUUUUACUCGAGCGUCAUCUCGAUGCUCAAUUUUUGUUUCCAAAAUUUGACCUAGUUGAAUAAAAAAAUUGAAAAAAUACAAAUACCUACCUAACACAGUAAUAUAUUUAAAUACUAGCGGACGCUAAAAAUAUAAUAUUUCUUUCUUGGUUAACCUUUCUUUCAUAAUAGAUUGAAUCAUGAUAAAACAAUGAUUAUAUGUUGAAGAUUUCGCUGGAAUCUUUGGAAGCCGCAUGAAAAUACGUUGAAUCACUAAGUAGACAAACGGAAAUUUCCUACAGCUUUUUUAAGUUUUACUGUACCUACUUCAUAUAUUUUUUUCAGGAUAAUUUUGAUUAUUUCAUCAAAUUACGUUACAUUAUAAUAGGUAUAGAUUAAUUUCAAUAUACUAAAUCUUGAAGUGGUUGUGGUUGCCGCUACAACCUUAAGGCUUAAAAAGAUUGUAAUAAUACGUAAAAAAAUAUUUAAUUGAAUAAGGCACAUACGACAUAAUAAUAGUACAAGUAAGAUAAGUCGGUAAUAUUUUUACGAGUUGUUACAUUGUAUGACAUAUCAGUUAUUUAGCAUUGUUUAUUACCUAUAUUUUAUAAAUUAUUUUUGUUUAUUUAUGUAUUUUUCCGCUUCUACAAUCUCAAUUAUAAUAAACAUUAUUAUUUUAAUUACGAGUUAUUACAUGUUUACGACAUUUUAUAAUAGGAUUCACUUUAAAUGUGACAAUUACUAUAAUUAUAUUAAUAAUAAUGGUUAAUUUAUGUACCUUUAAAAUUCUCGGACCUAUAAACGAGUAUAUAAUGUAAAUAUUUUAUUAAAUUAAAAACAUUUUUUUUUAUUUUAUCGCCUGCCAUUUAUAUUUUAAUGUAAUAAUUUUUACUAUUAAGUUACAUAUAAAUUAAUUUUGCCACAAAAUUCGAGUCGGGCACGGAAAAAUUUUACUUUUUUUCUUGCUAGAAAAUCCCAGUUGGCGCAUAGAGGUGGUGUUUAUGGUGCCACACACAGUCGACACGCCCGUGUCUUGCGGAGCACGAGUAGAGAGUUAAUGAUUGUUCAUAAUUCUUAACCCGUAUUCGGCUCACUGCUGAGCUAGAGUCUCCUCUCAGAAUGAGAAGGGUUAGGCCAAUAGUCCACCACGCUGGCCCAAUGCGGAUUGGCAGACUUCACACACGCAGAGAAUAAGAAAAUUCUCUGGUAUGCAGGUUUCCUCACGAUAUUUUUCCUUCACCGUUUGAGACACAUUUUAUUUAAUUUCUUAAAAUGCACACAACUGAAAAGUUGGAGGUGCAUGCC